CAGACCUCUGCUUCGUCCGCCAUAAUCGUUUGCGAAAUUUGUUAUCAAACAGCAGGCGAGCAAAGUUGUGUUUAGUUUUGUAGUGAAUAAUGGCUAUCGUAGAAGACGAAGUGAGAAAUGAAUCGGAGGAAGAGAAUGAAAUAGGUGUGAUAUUGGCGGAGGAGGAAGCUGAUGUAGGAGACGACCCGGACGAUUCCGAAAUCGAAUCAGAAGAGGAUGAAGAUGAGGAAUUAAUUUUGGAGAAAAGAGUGUUAAGAUUGGAGAGCUGUAUUGCAAAGAAUCCAUAUAACUAUGAUGAACAUGUUGAGCUCAUACAGACUUUGUGGGGCCUGUCAUCUUUGGAGCGUUGGCGAGCAGCGUUUGAUAGACUGCAACAGUUGACAAUGUUGGAGGCGGAACAUUGGCUGAUGCGGUUACAGACCGAGGUAUCUCUCGCACACAAUGAUGAGGCCCGCGAGCGCGUCGCUAAACUGUUCCAGGAUGCUGCUCUGGAUUGUUACUCCAUUCCAAUCCUGAGUGAGUGGUGUUCUUGGGCGCUGACAGUGGAGCCGGCAGAAAAGGCGCGUGAACAGUUGGAUGAGGUCCUACGGCGAGCUGGUGCCGACCCCUUCUCUGGGAAGAUCUUCUGGGACGCCAAACUUGAACUGGAGAAAACUCAAUUGGAAAAUUUGAGUGAGGAAGACACAGAAUACAAGGCGCAGAAGGAGCGUGUGCUCUGGUGUUUGGAGGAGACGGUGUCCAGACCUCUUCUAAGGGGGGAGGAGGCGUUGCAGCAAAUGGAAGCAAUUGCUCUCUCCUUGCACAGCCAGGACUACGUCGAUAAGGUGAAAAGGCAACACGAGUUUGCAGUGGACUUCCUUCAUCAAAUAUCCCCGUUCGAAGAUAGGUUGCUGACUACAGAUAAUCCAAAGGAGAAAUUGAAAGUUUACACGGAAUACAUAAAGACUUUGAAGAAUCUAGCUUUGGACGAUAGAUAUGCAGAGUGUGACAGCAACGGGAUAUUGAGGGUGGUGUACGAGCGCGCGAGCUACGAGUGCGGUGCGUGCGGGCCGCACGUGUACAGGGCGCUGGCGACGCACGUCCGCACGCAUUCGUCGCGCGCCACCUACAACCGUCUGCUGGCCGCGCUGCGCCGCCGCGUCCCCACCCGCGCCCUGCCCUGGGACCUCACCAUGCAGCAGGCCGAGAAGGAAGGCGAGAGCUUCGAACAGAUAAAGACUAUAUUCGAGACGGCACUAGCUCGAGGGAUGGAGUCGUUCAGUCAGAGCGAGGAGUUAUGGCUGAGCUACCUGGAGUAUUUGCGUCGGAUCUCCGAUUUUAACAACGAGAAAGAUGUAGACAGACUGCGGAGAACAUUUAGACUCGCUUGGGAUACGUUGGCGGAGACAUACAACGAGGAGGCUGAUGACAGCGAGGUUCCUAUAUUUUGGGCACGACUCGAAUACAAAUUCCUAAACGAUCCAAAGCAAGGCCGAAUGAUCUUUGAAGAAAUACUCAGUUUGCCUAAUAAAGAAAACCCUCUCCAAACAGAUGUUGGUGAUAACAAAACCAUAUCGAAGUAUUGGGAAGCGCUGCUAGCGUUGGAAUUUGACAGGAAACCCCGUCCUUCAGAUCAUAAGCUUAGGGAAUUGAUGAAACGUGCUCUGCGAGAAGUACAGGACUUCCCACCAGUCAUUAUAAGGAUGUGGACAGCCUUUGAAAGGGACCAUGGACAUAUUGAGUCUUUGCAGGAGUGCAAAGAAAUCUGUGAGCUAAAACUCAGGGAUUGGCACAGAGCUUAUGAAUCAAUGAGAAAGAAAAUUUUGGGGAAAAAACCUAAUCCGGGAAACAGCAAAACGAAGAUGAAGCCGAAAAUUGACAUGUUGGUCAAAGGGAAAGGUAAGAGGAAGUCGGAUGGGGGUGACGAUGGGGGGGACACGAAACGGAAGAAGGAAGAGAAAAUGGAAGUGGAUGAGAAGGAAGACGGUGGAGUGAAGCGCUCUCAUGAGGAUGAAGAUGAUGAUGCUGGUGGGAGUAAGAGGCAACGUACAAGCAGCUCCAGCCCUCACAGACUUGGAACAAGAGAUGCUUGCACUCUCUUCAUCAGCAACCUCGAAUUCAAAUUAGCUCGGAAAAAAAUGAGAACUCUCACAAACGAAGAAAAAGAAAAGCUAAGAAGAUUAGCAGAAGAGUAUCCUGUUUUUAAGUUGCCCAAGUUAAAACCUGAUAUGAAGGAUCCUAGACGUGGUGCAUGGAAGAAGAUUGCGAAAACAUUCAACUUCAUCUCAAAGGCCCUUUGUCAGCGCAAUUUGCCAGAUUUGAGGAGAGCUUUGAUUGACAUGGACGUGAUACCAGAUAAUAGUAAUGAAAGCGAUUCAGUAGACGGUACAACCCGUAAAUCAAGACGUAAACCUGAUGUGCCUAGAGCGCUAGUGUAUGAGAUCAAGAACCUGUUGCAUGACGACGGAGAUUACUUAGUCGAUGGCACUCCUACCGAAGUAUUUGACAUUGAUCUGUAUAGCGAUGCUACAACGUGGAUUUUACUUCGUAAGACAUAUGAACAUAAAAAUAUCCACGACAUCACACAGGACCUCUCUAUGCGCAUAUUCUUACAUAAAAUGUGCCAUAGACUGGUACUAAUGAAGGAAAUGAUAGAUGAGGCACGUUUACACGGUGAAGCUGAAACACUAUUACAAGAAGACACUAAAGCACGGUUACUAACUGAAAUGGAACGUAUCCAAAAUACUUUGGCAGCAAUGCAAUUGAACGAAUCGGAUUAUGAAACGGUGUCAGAUUCUGAAAUCAAUGGUGAAUCAAAAAAACAAGAAUAAAGAUU